AUGUCAAAGGCAAGAGAUGGUGGUGUGACCAUCCGGUACCCUAUGCUAGAAGGCGACAACUAUGGAGUGUGUGCUGCAAAGAUGAAGGUUUUCAUGCGUGCACAAGGAGUUUGGAUGGCAAUCGAAGGCAACCCAAAGAUCGACGACACAAAGGAUGAAGAAGCUUUGGCCGCCAUAGCCCAAGCUGUACGUUGUUUUCAUGACCAUAGCUUUGGCCGCCAUAGCAAAGAUGAAGCUUGGGAUACUAUCAAGGAGAUGCAUGCCGGUGAUAACCGCGUCAAGAAGGCCUGUGUUCAAGCUCUUAUGAGGGAGUUUGAUUGGAUGAGUAUGAAUGAAUCAGAAGGGGUUGGUGAUUUUGCGUUAAAGCUAACCUCCAUGGUUAAUGAGAUGAGAGCUCUCGGAUCAAAGAUACAGGACAUCACAGUUGUGGAAAAAUUGCUACGGGCGGUCCCCGACAAGUUUCUACCUAUCGUUGGCACUAUUGAGCAGUGGGGCGAUGUGGAGACAAUGUCGGCGAUGGAGGUGAUCGGAUGA